AUGUCGUUCAAGGGACUCUCUCUGCUGACUUGGGUCUUUGUCGUACACCUCGCAGCAAUUUACCUGUACACACGCGGUUUUCUACUCACCCGCCUCUCGCUCUCGGACACAUCCUCGUGUCCAGAUGGCUCCUGCACACUACCGCCGACUCACAGUCGCGCAGUGGUCCUCAUCAUCGAUGCGCUGCGAUUUGACUUCCUCAGUCCGGAUCCCCCGCAGCCGCCCUCACCUCACCACCACAAUGUCCUGCGUCUUCCACAGGAGCUGACCGCCGCCGACCCAUCGCGCUCCCUGCUCUUCGACGCCUUCGCGGACCCGCCGACGACGACGCUGCAGCGCAUCAAGGGCCUGACGACGGGCUCACUCCCGACCUUCGUCGAUAUGGGCUCCAACUUCGGCGGUGCGUCCAUCCUCGAGGAUUCGCUCAUUGCACAGCUGCGCGCCGCCGACAAGAAAGUCGCGUUCAUGGGUGACGACACGUGGACGGCCGUCUUUCCUGACGCGUUCGCGCCCGGCCUAUGCUUCCCUUACGACUCGUUCAACGUCGAAGACUUGCACACCGUUGACGCGGGCGUCGAGCGGCACAUGCUCCCGCUUCUCGCAGACCGCUCCGCACCGUGGGACGUCCUCAUCGGGCACUUCCUCGGCGUCGACCACGUCGGGCACCGCGUGGGGCCCGACCACCCUACCAUGCACGCAAAGCUCGCACAGAUGGACGCGGUCCUGCGCCGCGUUGUCGAGCUACUCGACGAGGACACGCUGCUCGUCGUGCUCGGUGACCACGGCAUGGACAGGCGGGGGGACCACGGCGGCGACGGCGUGCUCGAGACCUCUUCCGCGCUCUGGGUGUACAGCAAAGGCUUCCCAUUGACCGACCCGUCCGCGUUGAUUCCCGCCGAGUUCCUUCCGAGGCAGACAUUCCCAGGUGCGCCCGCCGCGCAUCGCGUCGUGCAACAGAUCGACCUCGUGCCCUCCCUGGCGCUCCUCCUUGGUCUGCCCAUCCCGUUCAAUAACCUCGGCACGGUGAUACCGGAGCUUUUCUGGCGCGACGGGACGGACUUUGCACGCGCGGCCGCGAUUAAUGCGAAGCAGGUGAAGCGGUACCUCGAUACUUACCGCGCGAGUCCGUCCGGGGGAGAGCUGGACGCCGUGUGGGCGGAGCUGGAGAGCAAGUGGGCUGCGGUGGCGAAUGCAGGGGAGAUGGAUGCACUGUCUGCGAUGAAAUCCUACACACGGGAGGCGCUCGCAGCAUGUCGUAUGCUUUGGGCGCAGUUUAACGUACUGCUCAUAGUUCUGGGAUUGGUUCUGUUGGUCGUCGGCACAUUAGCUGGGUUCGCGCUGUUCGCGAAGUUUGGCGUGCUCGAGGAUAACUGGGAGGAUUGGGCGGGAAAGACGCGGUGGUGGUGUGUGCGGGGCAUGGCUGUUGGUACCAUCCUCGGAUUUGGGGCGUCGUUCCCCUUGCAGCGCCUUGUGAAGGGAGUCGACGCACUUGACUGUGUCCUCUUCGGUGCACCGCUGGUUUCUUGUCUGAUCGUCAUUAUCAUGUCGCGACCCAAACCGAGCGGCUUCUCCCUUGCCUCACUGCCCCUCCCGCUCAUCCUGCACACGCUUGCGUUUGCGUCCAACUCCUUCACCGUAUGGGAGGACCGCAUCAUCACCUUUCUCCUUCUGUCCUGUCUCGUCCCGUUUGUGCGCGUCGGGUUCACCGCGCCCACCGGCCGGCUGCGCAACCGCAUCCUCGGCUUCUCUGCCAUGUUCGCCGUGUGUGUGCGGCUCAUGGCGGGGAGCACCGUGUGCCGCGAGGAGCAGCAACCCUAUUGCCACGUCACGUUCUUCGCGUCCUCGACGCUCCCGUCCCCCCCGCUCCCGGUGCUCCUGUUGUUGCUCCCGGCAGCGGUUGCGCUACCGUGGUGCAUGCGCAGGUUCCUACAGAUCUCCAAGUCCGACAAGGGCAUCGCCGGGAUCGUGCUGCCCGUGAUAUUCCCCGCGGUCCUCGCGCAGGGGAGCGCGUACUGGAUCCUCGAGUGGCUCGACUCGGCGGAGGUGCUCGGACCCGGAUUCGCGGACAUCCUGCGCUUGGCACGGACGAUGCUCGCGCGCAGUGCGAUGGGCACCAUCGUCGUACUCGGCCUGGUGCUCUGCUGGUUCAUCCCGUUGUGCCUGGAGAUCAGUACGAAUGUGGAUACGAGCAAGCCGGAGGGGAAGAGGGAAGUCACAGUCGUGGGCUUCGCGAACGCGUUCGGCGCGCCGUAUCUCGUGUUCUGGUGCGCGUCCUUCGGCCUGGUGUACGUGGUCACGCAACCGACGGGCCAGCUCGUCUUGUGCCUCGCAGCCCUCGCCGUGCUCGCGUAUCUGGAGGUGGUGGACAGCGUACACGACGUCCGCGCGCUCAGCGCCGCGCUCGCCUCCACACAGCCGUCCGCUGUCCUCACCCUGGGAGGCGUGCCACGACAGGCGCCGUCGUUCGCGGAGCUCACUCCGCUCGCGCUCCUCGCGCUGCAUACUUUCUACCGCACGGGCCACCAGUCUGUGAUCGCAUCGAUCCAGUGGAAGACCGCAUUCGUGCUCACGCCGACGCUGACGUACCCGCUCUCGCCGCUGCUCGUCAUACUCAACACGUUCGGCCCGCAGUUCCUGCUCGCGCUCUCGGUUCCGCUCGUCGCGCUGUGGAACGUUGCGCCGCUGCCGCAGCCGGCGGCGAGCGCGCGCGUCUCAGGCGCGGCAGUGCGCGCGGGGCUCGGGGUGAUGCUGUAUCAUGCGACACUCUUGCUCGGCAGCGCGGCGAGCUCGGCGUGGCUCCGGCGCCAUCUAAUGGUGUGGAAAGUGUUUGCGCCGCGUUUCAUGAACGCCGCUGCUACAAUACUCGCGGUGGACCUCGCGGUGCUGUUCGGCGUCGGCGUCGGCGUUGCUCGCGUCGCGGCGCGGGUGACGAAGUUGUUCAAGGGUGUGCCGGGCUCGAAGUGA